UAAACAUGGACCUGUUAGGGUCUAUUUUAGGAUCUAUGCAGAAACCACCUACAAUGGGUGAUGCAGAAAAAAAGAAAGUCAAAGAACAGAAAGCAAGGUUAGAAAAACAUCAGCAGGCUGAAAAAAAGAAAUUAGACGAUUUCAGGGAAAAGAUUAGGAAGAGGAUUCAUGAGUUUGUAAAGGAUGGAAGCAAGCAGAAGUAUAGUUUUGAACCCAUGGACAAAUGUUUUCGAGCUAUAGUACAUGAGAUUGCAGAUGUGGCUGGAAUGACUUCUUUCUCAUUUGGACUGGAGGAGGAAGAUCGUUAUGUCAUGUUGUGGAAAAAGGAGUUUGCACCUUCUGAUGAGGAACUAGCUGCCUACAGGAAAGGAGAGGAUUGGGAUCCAGAUAAAGCAAAGGAAAUAGCCAAACAAAAGGAGAUGGACAGAUUGUCAGAGGAAGCAGAAUCAAGAGUAAAACAACCAAAGAUGAUGCCUGCUUCAAAUUACCAGGAUAAAUAUCGCCAUCUUAUUGGUGACGAGGCUGCGAAAAAGGCUGCAAGAACCACAACAGCAAACAAAGCUUAUGGAUUUGUGCCAAGUGAAAAUAAGAAAGACCACAGGACAAUAGAACAAGUACUUGCAGACACAAGAGCAAAGAAAAAACAGAAAACAGAAGAGGGACAAGAUGUCUCAUCAGGCAACCAAUCAGACGACAAUACAACUGAUGAUAAAGACUCUGUAGAUGUGGCAGUGUUAUGACCAUGAUGUAGUUAGAUACUCAGAAUGUAGUUAUAAUGUUUAAUUUUGUAUACCUGAACCGUUUUUUUUUAAUUUUUUUGUUGUUGUUUUUUUUUUUUCAUUUUUUUUUUCAGUUUCAAAAUCUGAAUAACAAUGUCACGCCAAGUCUGUAUCAGUCCAUUUUGAAAUUUCAGCAAAAUUGAAUUAAAUUUUCCCAUGGAAAAUGCUGAAGACUUUAGAAACCACUUUUUCAUCUCAUAUACAUAUAAGGAAGAUUUGAAUAUUCUAAUGUCCAUGAUUUUUUUAUUUCAAAAGCAGGGGAAUGACAAGGUAACAAAGGGACAUAACUCUUCAGACCUGGGAAUAUAGUGGCUAUCAAGCUGUGCAAGUUAAAUCAGGUUUCUGUUUUAAAAAAUGACAAUUAAUAUAAUAUACUAAAUAAUUUGAAGAAAAGUUUACAAGUUGUAAAGAAUAUUAAUAAUUUCUGGUAAUGACAACAAUAAUUCACUACUGAUUUGUACCUGUGUGUGUUGUCUUCUUAACGAUUCCUAAAUCCUGAAAAGGAUUACGAAACAUACUUCAUUACCUCAAAUCACAUUGAUUUUUGAAAGUGUGUAAAAAAUUAUAAAUUCAUCUUUAUUUAUUUUUCUAAUAGUAUCACUUUGUAUGAGUCUAUCCUGUGUUAUCUGAUAUUUCUUACAGAAGUAUGCAGUGGUGUUUUGUGUAACAUAAUUCAUAGUAAUAGAUAAGGCAACACAAAAAUAACAAAUGCUUUCUGAUAACACUGUUUUCAUAUUAAGGCAGAAAAUCAUGCAAUUAUGAAUAUCUACAGAUUUUUAUCUUUUUGGAAUAAACAAUAAUCAAUGUCCAAAUGAUCACUACCAGUAAGACUGCCCCACCUUAUCUAGUUAUACAUUGAGAACAUAUUUCUACACUGAUAUCACUUCACGUGUACAAGUGACCAGGUGAUUAAGCUGUCUCAAAAUACAAUUAAUUGAAUUCCGAUCAAAGUACAUGUAUAUCCUUGUUAACAAAUUGUGUGUGAUCAAAAUAUACUGUAUGUGAACUGUUUUAGCAGUAUUCUAACAUUUCAUGUUCAAGUCAUGUUGUCAAGUCAAAUUUGCAGUAAAAGUUCUCAGUUCUGUCACUGGGCAUAAAAAUACAACACAUAAAGCAUUUUAGAGUUGAACACUGUAUAAUACACACAGUACCAUGUACUGUUGGUUAGUUAGAAUGGUUUUCUCACUUAUAUAGUAAAGGAUGUUUCAUAAUAAACACGACUCGUCUUACCUGUAUUGUUGCUUUUUAAGGUCACAUCAGAAAUUACAGGGCGUAUCAGAAAAGUAUAUUACUGCUAAUUUGAAAAUUACUCUUGCUGUCUUUGCAUGAAUUUAAGGUGGUGCUAAUAAAUCUAACCCUACUCAGAGUGCUAGAAUUAAAAUGCUUUAAUUCAAAUACACAUAGCAUUCACAAUCAACAUCUUAAUAUCAGUAAUUAUAUUAAAAUGUUUUGGAAAAUAAUUACUGAAAGUAGUAUACAAGUCAAUGGAAUAUUCAAUUUUCAUUAUCCAAUUCAAUAUCCUCAAUUGUUAUGUUUGUAUUUU